AUGGAGCUGUACGAGGAGGAAAUCUACGACCGGGCGAGUGUAAACGUUAGCGUAAUUCUUAAUGACGACAUAAAAGAGGAGAUAGUAGAAAAUUUAAAGCAAAAUAUGAAGGACAGGAAUGUGAAAAUAAGUAGCUACGAUUAUGGCAGUAUUCACAAAAUAAAUUCUUACGCAAGUGAGGGGGAAGGUGGACAUGCCAUGCUGAUGCACUCCUGGCUGAAAAAGAUGAAGGUGGCUUCGUCUGUUGUGAUAUUUUGCGUCGACUGGCAGGGCAUUGCUAAUGAGGGGGGGGAAGACAGGGGCUCAACUGGGGAGAGUCCCACCGUGGAGGGGUCAAACAGGGAAAGUCCAACUGGGGAAAGUCCCAAUGGGGAAAGCCGAACUGGGGAAAGCCGAACUGGGGAAAGUCCUUCCCUGGAGAGCCCCGGCCAGGUGGACCCCUUCCAACCGGGUGAACCCCAACUCUCGCGCGCUUGCGUGCAGAACGCAGCCUUCAUGAGCCAAGUGAACAAAGACCUGAUGGAUCGAAUAGAAGAAAUAAACGCAAUAAUCAUGAGGAGGAAAAAAAUCUGCAAAAUUGUUGUGCUGGUCAUUCUGCCAGAAAAUACACAAAACACAGAACAGUACAUCAAAUAUAUUAGCCUUCUAAAUUCUAAAAACAUCAGCGCGAUUUUUAUCACAUUAGGACUAAAGGAGAUACAUAACAAAAUCAAAAAGUUAGAAAAUCUUUUGAGAGAUUGUAUUAAUGCCUUUUUUAAACAACACAUAAUAAGCUUUGAGAGAAAAAGUGGACAAAACAUACUCACUUUUUUUAAUUAUAAUUUUAAGAAGGCAUACGUUUUGGAGAUCCUAGAAAGGUAUGAUGAAAGUAUGAAGAUUUACGUGAAUCUAUGUAAAGUCUUUUUGCAGGUGAAAAUACAUUUUCAGACAAACUCACCUUUUUCAAUAAGCAUUCGGAUGAUAUACAUAUAUUUAUUUUUUAAAGAUUUUAAGAAGGCUAUUCAUCAUAUUUAUACUCAUAAUAAAAUUAUUUACUUGGCGUUGAUGCGGAGGGAGGAGGAAGGAGCAGAAGAAGGAGCAGAAGGAGCAGAAGGAGCAGAAGCAGAAGCAGACGUAGUAGAAGAAGCGGGAGAGGGUGUAGGAGAUAUACCCAGGGGUGGGGGCAGACUUUCCCAUGUCAUUUCCAUGUAUGGCAUAACUGGUUGCUCCGAUUUGAUUACCUCUUUAAAGUGUUGGGAUAACUGCAGAGGAGAGGCACCCAAUGGAAAAGAAAAGCACUGCGCGAAUGAGAGUGUCCACCUCCUGUACGACCUCACGAUGAAGGAGUACCUAUACUACAACCUGCUCUCCUGCAUCUACCUCUAUUUUUACAGAAUUGUAAAAAACAUGAACAUGAACCGAAAGGACACAGUGUUGUAUGGAAUGUACUGCUGCUUCUGCAUAUAUUACAUGUUGAAAGCGCGCAGGAAGAGGGACAAAAUAGUGGAGGCCUUUUCACCUGUCACCCAAUUUGACAGUUAUUUUAAGAUGUGCCCUGUUUCAGUUUUACAGGACUUUGUUCAAAACUUUUUAAUUGAAAUAUAUAGUAUCAUUAGCGCCAAGCAGAUUAGCCAUUUGUUCCGACUCGUCAUUUAUUUUUUGUGUCUGAUUUAUUAUGAACGGGGGAACUACCGUUUUUGCCUGUACUUGUUGCUGUCGUUUUAUGGCAGCCAGGAAGACUCCUCCGUUUUGAGUGCAGUGGGCGUGGGCGCCUUGAGGGAGGGAAUCUGUCCCUUGGGCGACUUGCGCACGCUGUUGGGGGUGAUAUCGGCGAAGCGGAGCUACGAGCGCACUCGGAACUCACAUACGCACGAACCCAUGCUGCUUCUCACGCUGAGCUGCAUGGGCCGUUUGCUCCACCCGGAUAAAUGGGGAAGCGCCUUAGACGGAUCUUCCUCUAAAGAAGAACCGCUUAACAUCAAGGAGUACAAACACAUGUUCAUCCAAAUAUGUUUCGAGUAUUUAAACGACCUAAUAAGGAACAACAAAAAAAGAGAACAGAAAAAUUUUAGUGAUUUUUUCUCCAAGUAUUGUGAAAUCACAAAAGGAGAAGAAGGAGUCCCCCCCCUCGAGGAACCACCCACUAUAUCGAUACGAAACGUUUACGUAAAGUUAUACUGUUUGAUUAAACCCAAUGGGAUUGCCUCAUUUUUAGAAAUAAAAAAUGGGACCCAUGUAGAUUUCCCCUUUUCACCUUUUAUCGGUAUCUCUAUGAACAACCACGUGUCCUUCUACAAGUUAAGCUUUCCUAAUAAGUCUGAAGGAGUAAUUUUUGCUACAGCGGAGGUUGUGAACGAAGUUGGGUUGAAUGGUAAAAGUGUGCUGAACUGCAUAGCGAGGGAGAGUGAGCUCAUUAGGGAGCAUCACUGUAGGAAUGACCCACUUGAGGGUGCCUCUUGGAAGGGGUACUCCUUGGGGGAAAAAAACAUAGUGAGUUUUUUUAUACCUGAGGGAAAGAAAAAGCAAAUAGAAGUUAAUUAUGUCGAUCUCUAUUUGAACAUUUCUUGCAACAUUGUUCGGAUGCGAAUUCAUCAAGUUAGUGUAUCCAUUAUGAGGGAGAAGUUCCUCGAGAGGAUUCCCCAGGGAGGGGAACCCCCCAAGGUAGGCAGCCUAGACGAAGAAAAAUCUGCACGGAAAGAGACCCUAAAUCAUGGUAGUACUAUUGACGCUGCGUCGAGAGAAACUACCCACGGAGUAAUUACAACAGGACACCCGAAGGAACCAAAAAAAGAGGAAAGAAAAAUCUUCCAAAUAAGAGUCAUCAAAGAGGGAAGGGAAGAAUCAAAUUUUUUCAAAUUGAAGGAAGGAGUGUACCUAAAUGAUUACAUGAACAAAAUUGUACGAAACGGAAAGAGUCAAUUUUUUCAGAAGGCACUAACGAAGUACGUCCAUUAUUUUGUACACUGUCGGAACGACGUUCUUUACCUAAACGAAUACAACCCUUUGCUCAUUUUUGUGAGGUACUCUAAAUAUGUAAAAUCUUUUGAGUUUCGUUUUUCUUAUGACUGUGAGGGGGAGGAUAAUUUGCUUGUUUAUUUGUUGACGAGGAAGGGCAGUGUUUUGGGGGUACGCCGGGUCCACAGAGAUCAAAGUGUUGCGUUUUUUGGGGGGGGCGAGCAGGUGUGCAGAUUGGUGGAGGGGGGUAGCAGUGGGGGAAGCAGUGGCGAUAGUAGUGAAGGCAGCAGUGGGGGAAGCAGCGGCGAUAGCAGUGAAGGCAGCAGUGGUGGAAGAAGCGGUCAGGACGAACUUGCUUACGAGAGGGCCGCAGACGCCAGGCGCACAUGCCCCGGGGAUACCCCGCGCCUAAUUCUCAACCAGGACGAAGUGAAAGAAUUGGUCGUGGACGAGGCCCUUCAGGAGUUGCUAUCGCACCGUGGCAGUGGAGAAGUAGACUCCAAGUUAAGCCACCCAGAAAAGGAUGUAUUUUUUUUUCAAGUGGAACGGCAGGGAAACCGUGUUGAUGCUAAGCGCAGGGGGGGAAAACUGUACGGAAGAAGCAACUUCUGCAACCAGUGCUGCAUGCCGUAUGGAAUGAAAAGGGGAAGAAAAAAUGGAGGUUCACGCGGACCAAAUCGUCAAACCAACUGUCUAACCAAUCGUCGAACAAAUCGAGGAAGAAACGAUUUCCCCUUUUACGCAAGUAUCGCGGAUAACCUGAUGUGCGUCCCACUUCUUGUAUGUCCAACCCGGGGGAGCAAACACGUGAAUGUCAAUUUUGAUUUCUCCUUUAGAAGCGCUGACUUCGAGGACCAGCUGAAGUACCCAGGGAGGUAUUCCGUGGAGCCGUCUGUCAUAACGAUGGUCACGCGGGUUGCCCGUGGAGGGGGCGCCAUUGAAGAGGAGGAGGAGGAGGGAGAAAAGGAGGAAGAAAAGGAGGGAGAAAAGGAGGGAGAAAAGGAGGAAGAAAAGGAGGGAGAAAAAGACGGUGGUUUAAAAAGGAAUACUAUGAAUGGGGGUAUCAUGAAUAGGGGCUCCACGGAGGAAGUUUCCGCUCCUACGUCCAAACCGAAUGACUGCCAAGGUGACGUGCAACUUUUAAGCCAUCGUAAGAAGGAGGAGACAAGCCCCGGGUGGAGGAACGAUGCAGUGCAGUACUACUUAUACAUACACAACAAUAAUGCUCAUGGAAUUAUCGUUGAGGAAAUAAGGGGAGGGACAUUCAAAGGUACCGUGGAGGUAAGUCACAAAAGUACUUACUGCAACUUUGUAAAAGAAAAGAAUCCAGAAGGGGGUGGCAUUAUCAUAAAGUACCACUUUAACGUUAGGAACCUUUUUUUCCCUUUUAACAAAAUGUGGAGAAAUAUCAUCCGUACACUUGUGGUAAAGGUGCCACGUGCCGAUCGGAUUGACGACAGGAUGGGCGAGGGGGAAGGGAACUACUACUCCCCAGUGAACGACGUGAAGAAAAGCAAAAUAAGGAUAGACCUCCUUUAUGAAAGAACGGCAAAAUGUAACGAAAUUUUUGUCGUCGAAUCGGUGAUUACUAAUGAGACGAAUAUCACCGAGGAAGUUAUAAUUUUUUUGUACGACCGGAAGAGGGGUGGGCGUGAUCGAGGGGAGAAAAGAAAGGAAGAAGGUGUUGUCAUGAAAAGCAGUUGGGAUGAACCCAGUAGCGUACAGAGUACCAAAAAGGUGCACGAAUUCAAAUUCAAAAAUGAACAGGAAUACUAUAAUAAUAACAAUACAUCCGAGAGUACCUCCGACUCUUCUGUACUCUCAUCGGACGACUUGGAAAAUUUAUUUGAUCAGGAUAACUACAUGUCUGAUGACACAAAUGACGGUUUUGGGAAGAAGACGUAUAUUAUAACAGGAGGUAGGAUAAUGAAGAAUAUUUUGCUGCCGUACCAAUCCAUUAGGCUUAGAUGGUCCUUCAUUAUUUUCACGCACGGAUUUGUUACUUUGCCCAGCGUGCUAAUCAAGCGCAAGACCAAGAUAAAGAACAACGUCAAUGUUUUCGCAUCCGCCAAUGUUGAGUUGUUCGUGGUGUAG